AUGAAGAAACUCAAAAGACGUCUUAGUUCAGCUUUUCGUUCGGCGAGUAAUAACAAUGUGAGCCGAAUGACGAGCAAUGGAUCAUUCUAUGAUCCGGAAUGCGACGCACGUAGUAAUAUUGUUAUUGGAUACGGUAUAUUGCCUCCGGGUUACUCGUUGUCGGAAUCGAUGAGCCAUCUAUCGGACAAGCUUGCCGUCGAUGGCGCAAUCAUGGAGGAAUGCGUGGAUCCGACAUCGCUUUUGCGGGUUUCGAGAGGUGGCACGGCUGGCAGAAGAUAUGAAACGAAUGUACAUUACCUCGGCGGAAUGCAUCCGCCGCCGCCACGCACACACAGUCUUUAUUAUCCACGCGGGUACAAUCAUCAAAAUUCGGGUCGAAAUUCAUAUUAUGGAUCGAAUGCCUUGUUGUGCCCCUUUGGGGAAUUUUUGAGGGCAAGAGGUCCCGAGAUUUCGAUUUGUGAUAAGUCACGCCUAGCCGUCUUCUUCUCGUUCCCCGUCUUCAACAAUUGCCUUCAAUUUGACAUCUAA